UAAUCAAGGGAUGCAUCAGAACGAGAGUACGAGCUUUUAAUACCUAACCUAAUUUAUCGAUUCAAUCAAUUUUGCAGGUGUUCAGACAGAGGCUGUAUUACUUGGUACAUUAGGCGGUUUGAUUGCUGCAGCUUGGAGUAUAUUAGGGAUGUAUCUCGCAAACCUGGCAAGAAAUCCAGCGGAUCGUAACCCAGUGCAACCUGGAGCAUGUGCGAUCCUCGCUGUUUUUCUUUUUGUAGGCACAUUUGCAAUUAAUUUGGUUCGAAUGAAAACUCAUAAAGCAAAUUUUGCUUGUGUUAUCGCAUGUAUCAUUCUGACGUUUACUAUGACUUAUGCUGCUGGUUAUCCUAUUUUCGUGCCACAAAUUGCGUGGUUGUUCUUACGACCUGUUGCUCUUGCAGGCGCUAUAUCCCUUGCCGUCAACUACUUUAUAUGGCCGGAUGAUAGUAUAAAUAACUUUCUUGGUAUUGCUAGAAAAACUCUUGCCGGUUACAAUGCUUUUUUGAAAGAACAUUCAGAUGCUUUCCUUUCUGCUUCCCCAUCGGCUAGUAACGCAUCUCUUCCAACUCUAAAUGCACGUCUCAAGAACGGUGUACUUUUAUUGAUUGACUGCAAACGAGCUGUUAAAAGAGAGUUAAUAUAUUCCAGAAUUUCAGAUGUCGAUUGUAGCGAACUGACAAGAGCGAUCAUAGGAAUGCGAAGCUAUCUGCAUGGGAUUGGCCUCAGUUUAAUUUUAAAGAAUGAUUACGCUUACGCAGAAACGAAGGAUAUUUACUUUGAAAAAUUUAACGAUCCCCAAAUUCUUGAUGCCUUUUACAUAUCCAUUGAAGGUAUUCGAACCGUAGCAGCUGAACUAUCAAGUAUGUGUUAUAGAGCUACCGAUGAAGCUUCUGUUAGACUGGGCGCCCUUCAUUACCAUCCAAGAACAGCUUUAAAUAGUCUUUUAUGGCCUUUCCCGCGCUUGUAUGUAUCCAAAUCCAAAUCUGUCACCGAUGAAGCUUCUGCUCAAACAGCAAAUAUUCGAGCAGCGCAAUUACGAGAAUCGAUCCGGCAUUUUGAUGAAGUUUCACAAAGCGAUGCAGCCUUCUAUAAGUUUCUUUCCAUGAAUGCUGCUGAUAUACCUCGAAAUGGGCCAUUGUACCUUAUUUUUCUAUACAUCUACAACUUAAAAAACCACGCAUUGCAUACGGCUAAGUUAUUAGAGCUGAUAGAAACAAUAGAGACAAAACGUUUGAAGCCUAGAUUUUGGCUGCCCCAUCAAACACUUAAAAGGUGGAUUGCAGGCAGUAGUAACGUUGGAGGCUCAAUAGGAGGAGAUGAAGGAGAUUACCGGAAUAACGGUGAUAAUGACUUGGGACGUAUCUCGACGCGUGUGAACAUUGCACACGUAUCUGAAGAAGACGAUGAUUUAUUUGAUACCAAACGCACUGCUGCAGCGAAAAAGAGUCAAAUCGCGGAUCCUGAUGUUUCAGCACCUGCUACAUUGAUACAGAAGUUCUUUUAUUACCUCUAUUUGAUCGGUAAAUGGUUUACAGACACAACGACAUUUUUUGCUUUCAAAACUGCUGUGGGUGUUGUUAUGCUUGCCAUCCCUGCCUGGCGGCCGCAAGAUCAAGGUUGGUAUACAGAAUGGAGAGGACAAUGGGCGAUGAUCACCUUGGUAUUGUGGAUGUUUCCUAUGACCGGUGCGUUCGUUUUUGGAUUAUUUGAUAGAGUUCUUGGGUCUAUAAUUGGAUCAAUUUUGGGAAUAGUUGUAUGGGAAAUAUGCCGUGGAAACCCGUACGGGAUGGCCGUUGUCUGUUUCAUCGUAUUCCUGCCCUUAUACCACGUAUUCUUUUUCAUCCCCAAAUACCGCGUUGCUUCGCUGAUGAGCACAGUUACUAUGCUCUUGGUGCUCAUUUACGAAUAUGGGUAUGUUGUGGAAGGUUUAACCAAUUACGAUCAAGUGUAUACAGUCGCAGGGAAGCGUUUACUGCUAGUAUUAAUAGGCAUUGCAGCUUCGGGCAUUUUGAUGGCGAUUCCAUUUCCUCCCACUGGGCGAGUCGAACUUCGUAAAAAGAUAGCAAAAACAGUCCGUGAUAUAGGAAGAUGCUAUGGUAUUUUAAGUGCCAGCAUCGUUUCGCCUUCUGGUCAAAAAGCCUCACCAGGCACUUCAGCAACAUUUAUGCACUUAGCACUCGGGCUACGUCGUCAAGUAGCAGCAGAAAGGGCCCUACUGCAUGAUGCAAACUAUGAGCCGCCCCUCCGUGGUUAUUUCCCAGCAGCAAAGUAUAAGACAUUAGUUGAGAAAAUGGAUAACAUGUCUGAUUUGGUCGCUAAUAUGGUGAAGCUCAAUUGAAAAAGCCAAGUGUGAAAUGAAAAGUCAGGAGGGGAGUUUACUAAUGCUAUACAAUAUUUAGGGUCAAGCCU